GUUAUAGAUAUCAUUCGGAAUCUCAAUGUGUAUAGGAUACGAAAAUAAAAUAUAAACCUCGUUAAACCUUUCUUUACGUGGAUAAAUAGCUUUCGUCUUCUAUAUCUCUUCAAAUCCUCCAAAGCAACGCUUCGUUGAACUUCCUCGAUCACCUUGUUUCGUUUUUUCAAUAGUUCAACCAUGGGAGCCAUAGAAGAUAACCGCUGGGUUGAUAUGAUGAUAGACAAAAUCGGAUUUGCAUUAACCAAGGUUGACGAAUCGAUUCAAAAGAGUAUUGAACUCUGGAAAGAGUUAACCAAAGACAUAUAUGACGAGCAGCCAAACAAUGGUAAACCCGGUGAAGAAGAUUCCUCUCGAGAUAAAUCUGUCACUGUGGUCAAAGAAAGACCGAUUCAACACUGGGGUAUGCGCCUUGGUGAGGCGAAAGAAUCAACGAGCCAACACUGGUCCAUAUGUGAUUCAAAAUUUCCAGAGAGUUUGAUUCAAGAACUAGAGGAUGAUGAAGUUGAGGAAAAAGAAAAGGAAGAUGACGAGGGUACAGUUUCGGAAUCUAGUGGUGAAGAAGACAUAUGUGAGCUUACUUUGGGAAACUCAGGGACGAGAUAUCGCCUUAAUCGUCACCAUCUUCAUAAUGAAGAAGCUAGUACUGGUUUGAGUUUGAAGUGGAAAGAUGGUUAUGAGCAAUUAAAGGAUGAUGAUAAAUCAUGGGGUGAUGAUUAUGAUGACUGUGAAAACUUGUGGAAGUCUUACCCUAGGGUCCCUCUGGGGUCGUGCUACUUACCUCCUGUGCACCCUCUCCAUAAAGAAAAUAAUGCUGUGUAUUUUAGGAGGAGGAAUCCUUAUCAUAUGUCAACAAAUGAUGAUACCUCUUCCAAACAAGAGGAAGAGGAAGAUGAAGAUGAAGAAGAAGAGACUAAACUGGAGACCUCCGGGACGAGCUAUAGCCCUAGUGGCUACCAUCAUCGUAAUAAAGAAGACACCGAGGAUUUGAGAGAUCGUUAUGAGCAGUUAAAAAUGGCGAGUUCGAGGGCGAGAGAUGGUUAUGAGCUGUUAAAGAAUGAUGACACGUCUUCCGAAGAUGAGGAUUCAUGGAAUGAAGAAGAAGACGUGGCGGAAUAUUGGAGUCGGAAGUAUAGAGUCAUGAGCGAUGCAACUAACAUAUCAUCGGUGGAUGAUGAUGAUGACGAUGACGAUUAUGAUAUUGAUGAUGAUGACUUGUCGGACAAGUUACAAGGAUUUGUUGAUGUGAAGGAAGAGGAGACUGAGAAUAAAACGGAAAGUGGCGAGGUCGAGACCAUUUCCCCAGAAGGUGGUUGGGUUUAUGUGACAAGGGAAUAGGUCUUUUGAUUUUUUGGCAUAUUUUGUGUCAUCUGAAUUCGAGUGUUUAUACUUUA